UAAGGACACAUCAUCCUCAGGAGACCCCCCCCCCCACAGGGCAUCAGUUUGACAGGUUGACAGUAAGCGGAUUGUGUUUGUCUGGUCAGACACGUGAACGAGGACAUUUUUUACCAUAAAUGUGUAGUCUACAGUUAUACAGUUUCGUUUAACUGACGUUAAGACAUGAUGUUAGCCUUUCUUAAAAAGAUAAAAGAACGGGUAGAGGCGUUUUUAAACGAGAAAAACUUCGUCACCGAUUGUCUCAAUAAGAUCGAAGAAAAAACUGGGAUCAAGAAACGCUACCUGGCGAUUGGUGCUGUAGGUGUUACUGGGGCAUAUUUAUUAUUUGGAUAUGGUGCCUCUCUGCUCUGUAAUUUGAUUGGUUUUGUUUAUCCAGCAUAUUAUUCAAUCAAAGCCGUAGAAAGUCCAGAUAAAGAGGAUGAUACAAAAUGGCUGACAUAUUGGGUCGUGUACAGCUUCUUCAGUGUGGGUGAAUUCUUCUCGGACAUCUUUCUUUACUGGUUUCCUUUAUACUACGUCUGUAAGUGCCUGUUCUUACUGUGGUGCAUGGCUCCGGUCUGGAAUGGCUCUCAGAUUCUGUAUAGGCAUAUGGUACGGCCGUUUUUUCUGAAGCACGAAACUGCAGUGGACGGGAUUGUCAACAAUCUGGGUGGGAAAGCCAUGACAGUUGCUGAGAAUGCCACCAGAGAGGUUCUUCAUACUCUUGUGAGAAACAGAACUAUUGGUCCAGCCCAAUCUGAACCCAAAGGACUGCCCAGUGCAACUCCUCCUGAACCUGUUGACUGAAAGAUUGAGGGAGAAGGAAACGGCUGCACUUAAAAAGGGAAAGCAGCAUCCUCAGGCAGGACAACACAAUACAAAACAAGUGUGUUAAACACAUCAGACCCAGAAAUACCGUAUUAACAAUUCUCUGUUACUGUUUCAACUUGGAGAUCUUAAAAAUAAACUUACCAUGCAACAUAUCAUUUAUAUAGUUAGACAUUUACAUUCAAUAAUAAUAAUAAAUGUCGAAAGCUAGUAUUUAUUCAAAAUGUUCUUCUAUUUCUUUUAAAUCAAAUUUCAGCAUGAACACAUGUUUUAUUUACUGCAUUUGAUACAUUUAUAGGAAUGUUGUGUUUCUGGCAUAUUUUAGAGCUUUUGAUUUUCGAAUUCCUAAUAUUAUUCUAAUAAAUAAAUUCAAUACCUUU